UGGUAUUAAAGUCGGAGCGGUUUUGACAAUAACAGAAGAGUGUGCGGCAGCGCUGUAGCUGCGCGAUACAAAACACGCUGUUAAAAACAGAUAGAGCGACGUUUCUACACCUUUCCUCUCUGUAAAACAGAGAUAGAGCUGUUCAGAGUUCAGUUUAAAGUGAUGUCUGCUCUGUUUAUCGACAUAUGGACUCUUCAACUUCACUCCAGACCCGCUUUAUUGUUGUGAGAGUUCAUGUGGACGCCUGACUUCUUUGUGUGAGAUAUUGGAAGUAAUUGAUCAGUAGACUGAGUGGUCCUCUCAAGACGCAAUCAUGGUGUUAAUCCUGGGUCGGCGUCUGAACCGCGAGGAGCCGGCGGGCGUCCGUGAGUCACCCGCCAUCAAGCGCAAGGUUUUCGAGAUGGAUCCCAAGAGCCUGAGUGAUGUCUUCGACUUCUCCUCAGGCCCAUCUCAUGCCGAAGGCGUGCUGCAGGUGUUCAACGAGUUCCGCGAGACCCGGCUGUUCACGGACGUGGUGAUCAGCGUGCAAGGCCGCGAGUUCCCCUGCCAUCGUGCCGUCCUGUCCGCCUGUAGCAGCUACUUUCGCGCCAUGUUCUGCAACGACCACCGCGAGAGCCGCCAGAUGCUGGUGGAGAUCAACGGCAUCCAGGCGGAGGCCAUGGAUGUCUUCCUGCAGUACGUCUACACCGGCCGUGCAAAGAUCACCACACAGAACGUCCAGUACCUCUUUGAGACCUCCAGCCUCUUUCAGAUCGCCAUUCUGAGGGACGCCUGCGCCAAGUUCCUGGAGGACCAGCUGGACCCCUGCAACUGCCUCGGCAUGCAACGCUUCGCUGAUGCCCACUCCCUCAAACAGCUGGCCAGCCAGUGCCGAGGCUAUGCCCUGCAGAACUUUCCAGAAGUCGCCCAGCAUGAGGAGUUCCUGGACUUGCGAAGGGAGGAGCUGGAGGAGUACAUAGCCAGCGAUGAGCUCUGCGUGGGCAGGGAGGAGGUGGUGUUUGAAGCUGUGAUGAGAUGGGUGUACUUUACUGUGGACUGUCGCAAGCCCCAGCUGAAGGAUCUUCUCCAGCAUGUGAGGCUGCCGCUCCUGCACCCUAAUUACUUCGUACAGACGGUGGAGGGUGAUCAGCUGAUCCAGAACGCUCCAGAAUGUUACCAGCUUCUGCACGAGGCCCGGCGCUACCACGUGCUCGGAAACGAGAUGAUGUCACCACGAACUAGACCUCGCAGGUCGACUGGUUUUUCGGAGGUGAUUGUGGUGGUGGGAGGCUGUGAGAGGCUGGGGGGGUUCAAUCUUCCCUACACAGAGUGUUAUGAUCCAGUCACGGGUGAGUGGAAGUCCCUGGCCAAGCACCCGGAGUUCACCAAGUCGGAGUACGCGGUGUGCGCCCUGCGCAACGACAUCCUCGUCUCAGGUGGACGCAUCAACAGCAGCUAUGUGUGGAUGUACAACUCUCAGCUCAACCUGUGGAUCAGGGUCGCCUCGCUUAACAAGGGCCGCUGGAGACACAAGAUGUUGGUGCUGCUUGGAAAGGCGUAUGCUGUAGGCGGAUACGACGGUCAGUCCUGCCUCAGUAACGUGGAGGUGUACGACUCCUUCUCUAACCGCUGGACGGAGGUGGCCCCUCUGAAGGAGGCUGUGAGCUCUCCAGCAGUGGCCAGCUGUGCUGGGAGGAUGUUCGUCAUCGGGGGAGAGCCGGACGAGAACAGCUGCACUGACAAGGUGCAGUGCUAUGACCCAGAGACAGACAGCUGGUUGCUAAGAGCCAAUGUUCCAAUCUCCAAGCGUAACAUCGCGGCCGUGUCACUCAACAACCUGGUGUAUGUGUGUGGAGGCCUGACCAAGUCCAUCUACUGCUACGACCCAGCACAGGACUUCUGGAUGCCAGUUGUCAACACCUUCAGCAGACAGGAGUGCUGCGGGAUGUCUGUGUGUAACGGAAAGAUCUUCAUCCUGGGCGGGCGAGGAGAGAACGGCGAAGCCUCUGAUAGCAUUGUGUGCUAUGACCCCGCCUCCGGCAUCAUCACAGGCGUGGCUGCUAUGCCCCGCCCCAUCUCCUAUCACGGCUGCAUCACCAUACAUCGCUUCAAUGAGAAACUGCAUCGGACCUGAGAUUGCACUUUCACACACAUGUAUGCAUACACACACACACACACAAAUGUAUCACUGGCUAGAUUAAACAACAAUGGAACAUUAAGCGGAACUAUACUUCACUAGCCCAUUGGAUCACUCGGACCACUUAGAUGGUCACUGGUGAUAAUGGGGUGUUCCUUAGACUGGAGGUAUUUUUUGUAGCAUUUUUCUAUUAUAUUGUGAGUGCCCACUACUCUGGAUACUUCUGUCUCUCUCUCUGUAUUUCUCUCUUUCUAUGUUUGUAUUUUCAUAGAGUUUUUUUUUUUUUGCCAUACCAAAAGAAAUUUGGACACAUGUCACACAAGACAUUAGCUUUAACCCUAUUAUUAUUAGCAUUAUUUUUUUGCAUUUUAGAAUAGUGUUAAAUAUCUUAUUUUACAGACUGUAAGGUGCAUGGAAUCAUAAGGCGCACUAUUGAUAAACGUCUAUUUUCUGGUCUAUUUUCAUACAUAAGGAACACCGGAUUAUAAGGCAAAUUUUAAGCGACAAUAGUAAGGAACAGGGGUGUCACAAUGUUUCCCUCCUAAUCCAGCAAGUCUCAAAAUAAUUAAACAAAACAAUAAGUAAACAAAAUCAUUUUUAAUUCUUAAAAAAAAACCUUUUCUUUCAAAGUUAAUCUACACAGAUUUCUCUCCUGAAAACUGUUUAUUUGGGUGAGUAAAGCACUUUCGUUUAUUUACAGUAAGCAUAGAUUUCCAAUAUUUUAGCACGGUUAGCAGAAGUGCUAGCGCUUAGCACUAGUAAAUGCCGCCUGACAGCACCACACUGAGUAACCCUCUGGUAAGCCAGGGUGCUAUCAGCUAGCGCUUCAUCUCGAGUAGCUUGUUUAAACACAGAAAACACACAGACUACAGUUCAAUAUACUCACCUCUGAAUGGGGAAAGAGCUAUCGCUGUGGUUAGUGGCUAAUGCUAAUACUGCUCCUGUAUACUCCUGUGUAACGCUGUACUUUAGCGGAGUGGGUUUAUUGCUCCUUACAACCUGACUGGUAGAAUUUAUACAUAAGGUGCACCGGAUUAUAAGACACACUGACAAUUUCUGUGAAAAUGGAUUUUAAGUGCGCCUUUUAGUGCGAAAAAUGUUAAAUAUAAACUUUAAAAGGGAUUCAUCUUACAAAAGAAUUGGCAGAAUUGACAAUCCACUAAAUAUCUACAAAAUCCAUAAAAUCUACAAAAUAGGUAGUGAUUUGUUGAGAACCUUCUCAUUAAACAGCAAUGAAGACCGCUAUGAGCUUCAUACAAAGCCAAAUACCACAUGUUUCUUUCUAAAUUUCAUUAGACAGCUAAACAUGCUUGGAGGAGAGCAUUAAUCACUGGUUAUAUGUGGAAUUAACAGCCUCCCAGACUGGCUAGCAUUAUGCUGUGUAAUGCUUUGGGCAGUUUUUGCAGUGAUGCCAUUCGUUCAUGGCUGAAGUAAUUAUCUCAUAUCAUUACUUAUUGUCCUAAGAAACAGCUUUGAUAUGUGUCCAAAUUUUUGACUGGUAUUUUACAGUAAAUUUGCAUAUAUGUAUUCAGUUUCUUUUUCUUUUCUUUUUUACCAUCUCUGGAUCAAAGCAUGCAUACUUGUGUAAAGAUAAGGCAGGACGCUACGCCGCUGGUUACAUUCUCAUCACUCCACACAUCACACUCAGGCUCGGCUUUCGCAUCGCUUCCACAGAACAGCAGGAAUGAAUCAGCAGCUUUUAAUUGGACGCUUUGCAGUGAUGCGGUCAUGUGCUUAAACUUGUUUGAUUUGAGACAUAUUUAGAGUGUUUAAGGGUGUUUGCUAUAUGAUUUCUUCUUAUUUAACUGUUAUUUUUAAAUUUUUGUUAAAUUUACCACAUUUUUUCAUGUAGUUUGUUUUUGGUUUUAAUCGCAAAUUGUGUAAAAUAUUUGUCUCUUUUAUUAUCUGUCUUUCAUCUUUUUGAACUUUUGUUCUGUUUUGAUAUUAUCGUAAAUUAUUUGUAAUUUGUAAUCAUUAUUUUUCCUUAAUUUUUUAUAAUUUUAAUGUUUUUUUUUUAUACGUGUUUUAUAAUAUUUUAAUAUUAUAUCAUGUCAUAUAUAAUAGCAGCACAUAUAGUGCACAUUCUGUAGCCUGUAGACAAAAGUAGAUUAACUUACUUUAGACUUUUUUAGCGUUUUAUAUAUGGAUUUAUUAUAGUUUUGUAGUUUUAUCAUGAUUUAGGUGGACUUUCAUGUUUCUUGUGUUGGACACAUUGAACUGUACUGAACUUGUGUCCACCCCCAGACUGACUGACAGGUUUGAAAAAGCUGGUCAGUAACGAAUCAGGAGCCUCCGCUGGUUUUGCCAUAAACGAUAUUGCUGUGAAUCUUCGUUUUAUUUAAUUUUUUGCUGUUUUAUUUUAAUUUAAGUGGAACUAUGUUAUUGCUACAUACAUAUAACCAUCGUGCCUUUCUGUUUGUUGUUUUAAAACAGAGCCCCAGUCAUGCACUUAAUGUAAUGUUAAUAUGUAUGUUAUCAUUAGUGCUAUGAUAUACAGUAUAUCUCAGUGUUUCACGUUAUGUUUGUUUUAUUAUACUUUAGUACUCUUUUUUUUUGGUAUUUGUAUUGGAAAUGGCUUUGUAUGUGCCUUUUUGUUGUAUAUGCCUCACACAAAUAAGGCAACAGUGCAGUUUCAGGAAUGCAGUUUCAGUUUUUUAGACCCCUGCUGAUCUUACAAAAAUACAAAAUAUGUAUGCAUUUAAAGCAAAAUUUAAUUUCAAUUUUUUUACAUUUUACUCCCGAUUUAGCUAGGCCAAUUGUCCCACCUGUUUAGCAGUAUAUCCCCCAUCACAGGUGAUGCCACAACACCAGGAGGGUAAAGACCAGCACAUGCCUCCUCCGAUACAUGUGAAGUCAGACUCCGCCUCUUUUCAAACUGCUGCUGAUGCAGCAUUGCUGAGUAGCAUCACAGUGCACUCGGAGGAAAGCGCAGCAACUUGGUUCUGAUACAUCAGCUCACAGACGCCCUGUGCUGAUCGACAUCACCCAGAGAGAGCAAGGCCAAUUGUGCUCUCUCAGGGCAUGACCGGGAUUCGAACCAGAGAUCUCACCGAUCAUAGUGGCAGUGUUUUAGACCGGUGGACCACUCGGUGCCCAAGAAACAUAUUUAAAAAUCACUGAUAAAAUCUGAUAAAAAACACCACAAGCAGUUCAUCAUGUUAUAGUAACCCAAUGAUGCACAAAACCCCUUUUUUUUGGGUUGUCAUGGCUACUGCGCCUGCGCACAUCUCCACCAGCAUGAUUAGCAUGCUCAGUUUGUUCCGCUAUACACAACCAUCAAGUUGAUUUAGAGUUUAGAUUCCCUGCCUAAGUCGAUGCCCAACCCGAACAUGCUGUGUGUAACAGUUUUCUUAAGGUCUAUGCUUCUUCAGUAUUGCACUGUUCAUUAACAUCAUUCUAAACAGAUUUUACUCAUUCAGACAACUUGGAACUGUAGUUACAAUUAGUAACUAGCUACUUGAUGAAAAAUGUGGGGUUUAAAUCGGGCUCGAGCUCAUAUUAUGCGGCGGGCUGGGUUGGGUUGGGUUUGGACAGAACCAGCACGGGUUUGGAUCAGGCUGGAUUUUUUUGGGGGCUCCCCCAAACCCAAACUGUCCUGUUUUGCCUGUAAAAUCAGUGUUUUACGUCUUUACUGAACGCUGGAGUGCUGGAGUGUCGAGACGGUUGUCACCGAAGCUCAGCAGCAGCUUGAUUUAUCUGUAGUAAUCAGAUAGAUUCAGACGAGAAUGUUGGCACAGGGUUUUGUAGAACAAUUCAUUUAUUUGAACAAUUUCCCCCAGAGCAUAUUCCUGCCCGCUCUGCGCUGUAAAUCUGAGUGCCUUAUUUCAGCUCCAUUAUUGCCUUUCGUUUGUUGUUUUGCUCAUCACUUGUCACAUCCAGCAGGGUCUUUUCUGAUCUUGCGUGAAAUGAUUUACGAUGUGACUGAUUUAAAAUGUUGUGAACAAUGGGCUCUUGGUGUAAAACGAAGCCAUAUGUGAGAUUCUAGUUAGAACUGAGUUGCGACUGAAAUAUAUAGUCAUGUGUUGAGAUUAUAGUGAUACAUGAUGCAGUCAAUCCUCGCAAUAUAUUAUUAUGUCAUGGUGAAUACAUACGCCUCCAUUGUUUUGAUCAGAUGAAUUUCCUGAUUCAUCCAAACCCUAUUAGAAACCCAUAUCUGGGUCUAAGGUGUUGUUUAAGUUAAAUAAAGGGUUUAAGUGGUUUGUUUGCAUAUUGUGGCCUUAUAUAAACUAUAUAUAUAGUCCAAUUAUAGUUCUAUAGACCUGUAACAAAAAGCCAAAUGUGUCUAUAACACAGUUGUGUGCAAACGUUUGAGCAACCCAUGUCAAAUUACAUGUUGUUGGAGACAAUUAUGCAAACUUUAAUGCACAAUUAUUGUUCAUUUGCUGCAUUUAUCGUAUAUUGUUUAAAAUUGUGUAAAUUUAAUUUAGUUUUAAGCUUGUUUGUAGAAGUUGUGUUAACUCUUCACAUUACUAAAUCCACAAAUCAGGGCUCUAAAUGCCACAGAGGACUAGGAUGCUAAGUUUGAAUCCUGGGUUAUGCUGCUUCUGCAUCAGCAGCCAGAGUCCGAGAGAGAGCACAAUUGACAAUACUCUCCCUAGGUGGGUACAGUAGAUGGCACUCUUUCCCCCAUUAUUUCCCAGUCAAGUCAUCAGUGUGAUGCUAGUCAACACAGGCAUCUGUUAGCUGAUGUAGCAAAGCUGUAAAUCUGGCACUUUCCUGCUUGGGUUCAAUGGGACUCAUUUCUGGCCACUAUAGAGCGCUCCAGCUUUUUGCUUCCAUGCAUAUCUGGGGGCUUUUUGAAGUUAGAAAUGUUUUGGGUCAUUGUCCUGCUGGAAGACCCUUGACCUAGGAUGCAAACUCAACUUUCUGACACUGUGCUCUACAUUGUGACCCAAAAUCUUCUUUGGUAAUGUUCAGAUUUCAUGCUGCCUUGCCCACAGUCAAGGCAACCAGUGCCAGAGGCAGCAAAACGGCCCCAAAAAAUAUUUGAACCUCCAACACAUUUGACUGUAGGUACUUUGUUCUUUUCUUUGUAGGCCUCAUUGCAUUUUUGGAAAACAGUAGAAUGAUGAGCUUGAAUGAUACCAAGAAGCUCUAUCUUGGUCUCAUCUGUCCAAAAGUUGCAAGUUAUGAGGAACGAAGACUAAACAACAAAUGUAAAUCAAUAGUUGAUUCUUUAAUGUACAAUAAGCAACUACAGGUUCAAUACAAUGUACAACAUUUUACAUUCAUAUUUGUUUCUAAAAGCAAAGCAACAAAAUCUUUACCUCCGCCUGUAGGAGAGAAUGGGAUUUCAACGAGUAUUCAUGUGAAACCUUUUGAAUGGCAGGAUCCUUUUACGUUAGUGCGUAUACUGUAUACGCUGUAUGUACAGUACAUACACAUAGUAUACACACUAGUGCAUGCAAGAAUGAACUGUUUUUAAUGUUUUAUUGUGUUUUUGUAUUCUUUUAGCAAUGCAUUUCUGUAUAUUGCUUGCGGAGCUGUUGUUAGUAAAGUCUCAAUAAAGUUUUUUUUUAAGCUAA